GCUCUCGGCGGCACAAUGUGGCGAGUGUGCGCGCGGCGGGCCCGGUGCGCGGCCCCACGGACGAGGUUUGGGAGCCCGGCCGCGGCCGCGGCCCCUAGGGAGGCCCCUGGAGGGCCGGCCCCGGUCCCGGCCGCGACCCCAAGUCUCUCCCGCUUUUCCCACAGCAGGGCUGGGGCGCUGCAGGGCUGGGGUCCUGGCUCCGGCUCGGGGGCCGUGCCGCGGGCUCGUCUUCUGCUGCUGCAGCUCUUGGGGAUGCCGGGCCGGCGCUGGUACAGCCUCCCCCCCCACCAGAAGGUUCCUUUGCCUUCUCUUUCCCCCACAAUGCAGGCAGGCACCAUUGCCCGCUGGGAGAAGAAGGAAGGUGAAAAGAUCAAUGAGGGUGAUCUUAUAGCAGAAGUGGAAACAGACAAAGCCACUGUUGGAUUUGAGAGCUUAGAAGAGUGCUACCUGGCUAAGAUAAUUGUUCCAGAAGGUACUAGAGAUGUUCCAGUUGGAGCAGUCAUCUGUAUCACUGUUGAAAAGGCAGAGGAUGUGGAUGCAUUUAAAAAUUAUACACUGGAUUCCACAACAGCAGCCCCCCCACAGGCUUCCACAGCACCUCCCCCUGCUUCUGUGGCUUCAUCACCCUCUGCCCAGGCUCCAGGGAGCUCAUAUCCUGCUCAUAUGCAGAUCCUGCUACCUGCUCUCUCUCCCACCAUGACUAUGGGCACAGUUCAAAGGUGGGAGAAGAAGGUGGGUGAGAAAUUGAAUGAAGGAGACUUGCUGGCUGAGAUAGAAACUGACAAAGCUACGAUAGGUUUUGAAGUGCAAGAGGAAGGAUACCUGGCAAAAAUACUUGUCCCUGAAGGCACAAGAGAUGUCCCCCUAGGAACACCUCUCUGUAUUAUUGUAGAAAAAGAAGCAGAUAUUGCUGCAUUUGCUGAUUAUAAACCAACUGGAGUAACUGAUAUAAAACCCCAGGCACCACCACCCACCCCAACCCCGAUGGCUGCUGUUCCUCCUACUCCCCCACCUACGACCACUGUACCUUCAACCACCCGUCCAGCUACUCCUGCUAGUACGAAAGGAAGGAUAUUUGUGAGUCCUCUUGCAAAGAAAUUGGCAGCAGAGAAAGGGAUUGAUCUUACACAAGUGAGAGGAACAGGGCCAGAUGGCAGAAUCACCAAGAAAGACAUUGAGUCCUUUGUGCCUUCAAAGGCUGCUCCUGCUCCCCCUCCAAUAGCUGCCAUGCCUACACCAGCUCCAGGAGUGGCAGCAGUUCCAACUGGUGUUUUCACAGAUAUCCCAAUCAGCAACAUUCGUAGAGUUAUUGCCCAGCGUUUAAUGCAGUCCAAACAAACAAUACCUCAUUAUUAUCUUUCUAUUGAUGUAAACAUGGGUGAAGCUUUAGAAGUACGGAAAGAACUCAACAUGACAUUGGCAGGUAACAGUAAGAUUUCUGUCAACGACUUCAUCAUUAAAGCUUCAGCUUUGGCGUGUUUGAAAGUACCUGAAGCUAAUUCUUCUUGGAUGGACACAGUUAUAAGGCAAAAUCAUGUUGUUGAUGUUAAUGUUGCAGUCAGUACUCCUUCUGGACUCAUCACACCUAUUGUAUUUAAUGCACAUAUAAAAGGACUGGAAUCCAUUGCUAAUGAUGUAGUUUCCUUAGCAACCAAAGCACGAGAGGGUAAACUUCAGCCACAUGAAUUCCAGGGUGGUACUUUUACCAUCUCAAAUUUAGGCAUGUUUGGAAUUAAGAAUUUCUCUGCCAUUAUUAACCCACCUCAGGCAUGUAUUUUGGCAGUUGGUGCUUCAGAGAAUAGGCUAGUUCCAGCAGAUAAUGAAAAAGGAUUUGAUGUAGCUAGUAUGAUGUCUGUUACACUCAGCUGUGACCAUCGGGUUGUGGAUGGAGCAGUUGGAGCUCAGUGGCUUGCGGAGUUCAAAAAAUACAUUGAAAAGCCUAUCACCAUGCUGUUAUAACUAUCUUAAGCAGUUUCUACACUCUAUCCCAGUCACAUCGGUUAUUCUUAGUAAGAUAAUUUAUGUCAGUUAAACAAAAGUGGUUCCUUUUUUAAAUUAGCCAGUUAUUUUUGUUAUCCAUUUUGUACAGUUAAGUUAUUUGUAAUGGGCAUUACUAAGUUUCAUGAACUUUAAAUGCCAAUUACAACCAACCAUUGUGCAAAUUUUUAAUAUGCAUUUAAAUUCUGUGUGCUCCCAAGUCAAAAGACACAUGGCCUCCAACCCUGUCCAUAGCUGGCAUUUCCAUUGGGAAAUGUAGUCAAGUAGCUUUUUUUGGGGGGAGUGGGGGGGCUAAAAUUCCACUUUCUUUGGAAUUUAAGUUAUUUUUAGUUUCAGCUACAUGAUCCCUGUCAAUGUGGAGGGAGGUAUAGCCUCAUCAAAAAUAAAGUCAUAAAACAGUAACUUUUUUUAAUUUUCUAAAAAAUCAGACCAUCUAGUUGACUGUUUCCUUUUACACUUUUCUAUGAAAUUUGAUGUAAACAGUUAUUUCCCAUCUUGCAAUGAAGACACAACACGAAAUAUAAGCAGACUUCUUUGCAGAACUGAAACGAAAAGUCAGAAUUUCACGCUUGAAUUGAUACUUGCAUUCAUCAGACUGUUACAGCUAUAGGAGUGGAGGCCUGCUGCUGCAAGAGUAAUUGGUAGUUAUUUGUAAGUAAACCCUCAUGGAUUCCAUACUCAUGCAGCUUUGGAAAACCACACCAAAUAAUAUUGUUAAUGUACAUAUGUAAAAUGCUGGUCAGUUAUGUUGGACAUCUGCCAAAAUCCAUUCAUUGUCAUGUCCAACCUGAAAGAAUAAGAAGGAGGGAUAGUAGUGAACCAUUGGAAAUGGUUUUUAAAAAGGGGACAAAAGCAGACUUAUGUAUUAAAUGGUCAGUGAUUCUACUAAGAAGAUAAAAUGUCAAAUAGGUGAAAGUUAUUUUGUACCCUUUUGAGUUGUCUUACGUAAAAUAAGAAUGUACUAAAAGCCCUCUGUGGAGAAGUGUGUCUUAUGGUGGGCAAGUAAACAUCUUAUGAAAUUUUACUCCAUUUGGUUAUAGUUUGCUUUAUUUUGGAGGGGGGGUUGGGUUCAUGUACAGGAUAAUUGAAAAUCAUUUGAAAACAUCUCAAUUCCAGGCUUUCUGUUGAAUCAUUGUUUUAAUAAUUGUUUGGAAUUGUUAAUAACUAUUUAAAAUAAAUCUGACCAAUGCUUCCUUGUGUGUGUAGUGUGUGGACCCAGCCCCAGGUACUUUGAGCCACAGAAGUUUACUUUCUCAUUGUUUAACCUUUAUGUAAGUGUCUGAGCAGAUGUAGCACACAUGUACAACUGACACUCCAUUCUGUCGUUAUGAUUCACCCUGAUGUGCAGUUAUGAAAAUGUAAUCCUGGAAACUAACCUGACCUUCCUGGUGAUAAGCAAUUCUAGCUUGAACUGAAAGUUAUAUAGGAGGAAAUAACUCAUUACAAGGGACCAUUGUCAGAACGAGCCAGAUUGGUUACAGGUUUGUCAAACUAUUCUUUAAAAAUAUUUUAUUCUCUGUUGCUAUUGCUUGAGGCUCUGUACUUCCCUUAUAAAAUGAACAAAAACCCAGAAGGUUGCAUAUUAAUAAAAAUUACUUUAUUCUGAGUUAUGGUAA